UCCAGCCUACCGAAUACGAAGAUGCUUCUUCUUGCUUUCUCUUUCCCCUAAUUUCCCAGAAAAUGUUCAAUUUGUGAAAUUUCUUCCGUUUUCUCGUGGAAUCGUAUCUAUUCCAUCCCAUAUUCGGCACCCAAAUCAUAUAAAAGUUGUUGAUCAAACGUGAAGAUGUUCUCUGAAGAAGUCUUGAAGAAUGUUUUUCCAUUGCUCGAAGGCGAAGAUCUCGCAGCUUGCAUGGGUGUAUGCAAACAAUGGAGAGAUAUCGCAAGUGAUGAUUUCUAUUGGAAAUGUCAAUGCGCCAAGAAAUGGCCUUCGGUUUGCAAACGCCACAAGCCUCCUAUGGAAACAUACUACAAGAUGUUUCAAACGUUUAGCAAGCGGCGGUUAAACCGCUCUCUCCCUCCUCCAAGACUAUCCUUCGAAAACUUGGAGUUCUUCAUCGACAUUUGGUCAGAAGAUAAACUGGUAUUCUCCGGUUUGAUACCUGGUGUUACUCUGGAAACCGGGAUUAAACCGUUACCGUCAGGGAUCAGUCAAGUUCUUAGGAAUCAUCUCGGGAAACCUGACUACAAGAUGAUUGUUCCCGCAGAGCCAAGAUUCACUAUUCCUAUAAACCAGACGGUUAGUGUGUCUAUGCUUGUGGGGAGGAAUGAUUCCAAUAAGGUUGCUCGGAUAAUAAACCGGUCUGUCUUUGACUAUAUCGACCGUUCAUCGUACCGGGCCCUUGCUUUUGAGUAUCUUGACUUGUCUCCUUAUUACCCUUUUGUCUCUGGUAUACGAGCAUGGGUCUCUUUGCUUUUCAUGGAAGUUGAGGAUAUAAAUGAUGGGCUCCUAGACGUUUUCGGGAUUCAAUUGGAUUUCUGUGAUGUUGCUGACACUAAGGAAGAGGUUUUGUGGCUUCUUGAUAUGCUUGAUUGGAAGUGAAAACAAGCUUAAAGACUCUUUGAUACCAUUAAAGCUCUCUCAGGUUUGUAACUCUGUAAACAGAACAUACUUUGGUUUUGUAGUCAUACUUUUACAGCAUUUGUCAUAAUUUUUGGUUAAACAUAGUGUGAUUUUUUUUUUCUUCUCUAAA